AUGGUCCUGAGUACCCUAAAAGAAAAUCAACUAUAUGAUAAACUAACAAAAUGCGAGUUAUGGAAGGAGGAAGUCAAAUUCUUGGGGCACGUGGUAAAAGCUGAGGGCAUAACGGUUGACCCCACUAAAGUGGAAGUAGUUUCCAAGUGGGAACAGCCCUCCACUGUCACCGAAGUUCAAAGUUUUCUAAGAAUGGUAGGAUAUUACAGGUACUUCAUCAAGGAAUUUUCAAGGAUUGCGCGGCUGCUUACUCAGCUAACCAAGAAGGACGCUCGAUUUAUGUGGGAUGAAAAUGCCGAAGUGGCCUUCCAGGAACUGAAGAUGAGGCUCACAUCUGCACCGGUGCUUACACUUCCAGAAGGGGAGAAAUUUGUAGUGUACAGUGAUGCAUCAAAGUUAGGGUUGGGGUGUGUACUAAUGCAAAAUGACAAGGUGAUCGCUUAUACUUCAAGGCAACUAAAGAAGCAUGAAGAGAAUUACCCAACACACGACCUAGAGUUGGCAGCAGUAGUCUUUGCCCUGAAGAUAUGA